CCAGGUGACGUCACUCUGGACCCCGACACCGCGCACCCCAACCUCCUUUUAUCCCCCGACCGGAAAAGCGUCCGUUUCAUCGAGAGCCGCCAGCGCCACCUGGCGGCCAGCAGCCGCCGCUUCACCACCUACCCGUGCGUGCUGGGCUCCAGGGGCUUCACGUCGGGCCGCCAUUACUGGGAGGUGGAGGUGGGCCACAAAACCCACUGGGCGCUGGGGGUCUGCGGGGACUCGGUGUGUCGCAACGGGGAGCCGGCGGCGCUGCCCGAGAGCGGAUUUUGGAGGGUCCGGCUUUGGAACGGCGAUCGCUACGCCGCCACCACCGCCCCCUUCACCCCCCUCAGCCCCAGGGUGAAGCCCACCAGGGUGGGGGUCUUCGUGGACUACGAGGCGGGGGAGGUUUCCUUCUACAACGUCACCGACCGCUCGCACCUCUACACCUUCACCGACACCUUCACCGAGAAAAUAUGGCCGCUCUUCUACCCCGGCAUCCGCGCCGGGCGCCGCAACGCCGCCCCGCUCAGCAUCUGUGAGCCCACCGACUGGGACUGAGCUGCGGGCGGGGGGCGUCGGAUGGGGGGCACGGGGGGUUGGGGGCUCCGUCAGCCCAACACGAGACCCCGUUGAGGUUGGGUCUCCGUCAAGCCAACGUGGGACCCC